UGGCACUUCCUCCAUUUUACUAAGGUUAAAAGGCGUAGUAACUUGCCCUGGUCAUACAACCAACAAGUGUUGAACUUGAACUCAGAGGUGCCCAUCUUUGUUACACCAUCACUUCAGAGCCUGGGGCCCUGCGCUGGGAGAACCCUGCCAGCAAUAAGGCAAGAUGGGGAGCAGCGGGAGCCGCCUGGGGCAGAGUGUGUGUUCGCAGUUUCUUCCUGAGGAGCAGGCGGAGGUGGACCGGUUGUUUGAUGCCCUGUCACCGGAGAAGAGCAGCUCAGCCUCGCCCAGAUCCUUUUCUCUGAAGGCACUCGAGAGCCACAUCGGGGAGGCGCUUCCCCCAGAGAUGGUCGCCCGACUGUAUGACGGCAUGCGGAGGGUGGACCUGAGGAGACCGGCGGAGGGGCCCAGCGAGAGCGUCUCCCAGGAGCAGUUCACAGUGUCGAUGUCCCACCUGCUGAAAGGGAGCUCCAGGGAGAAGAGUUUCAUGAUCCUGAAGAUGAUUUCUUCCACAGAUGGUCCCGUGAAAGCACAGGAAGUCCAAAAGUUUACAGAGGAUCUCGUCGGCUCCCUGGUGCACGUGCUGAGCCACAGGCAGGAGCUGAGAGGCUGGGCGCAGAAGAGCGCUCCCGGAGCCCCGUCCAGGGUGCAGGCUCUGGCUGAGCAGCUGCUCUCCGAGGUGAAGUUUGCAGACGGCGAGAAGCUGCUGGGGCCUGAGCAGCUGGACUAUGACUGUGACCCCGCUGUGAUCGAGGACUGGGUGUUCCGGGCCCACCUGGUGGCCACGUUCCUGAGUGUGGUCAUCCACAGGGGCUUUGGCCUGCACUGGCCCCUCGAUCUGUCCACGCUGGUCCCCGAGCGUCAGGUUGACCAGGGGCAGGAGUUUGAGAGCGUCCUGGACCUCCUGUCGGUCAUCUACGUCAACUCCCACCUGCCCAGGGAGCAGCAGCACCGCUGGCACCUGCUCUUCUCGUCCGAGCUCCACGGCCACAGCUUCGCCCAGCUCUGUGGGCGCGUCCCACACCGGGGGCCCUGCCUGCUGCUCCUCGAGGACCUCGACGGCCACGUGUUCGGUGGGUUUGCCUCCUGCUCCUGGGAAAUCAAGCCUCAGUUUCAAGGGGACAACAGAUGCUUCCUGUUCUCCAUCUCCCCCAGCAUGGCCGUGCACACCUGCACGGGCUACAACAACCACUACAUGUACCUGAACCACGGGCAGCAGACCAUCCCAAACGGACUGGUGGCCGAGGCUGAUGUGGGCUCGGAGUCUGACAUGCAGGCUGGGGAGAUGCUGACGGCCUUCCCUCCGCAGGGCAUGGGAGGGCAGCAUCACUACUUCGGGCUAUGGAUCGACGUCGACUUCGGGAAAGGACACAGCAAGGCCAAGCCCACGUGCACCACGUACAACAGCCCUCAGCUGUCCGCCCAGGAGGACUUCCGGUUUGAGAAGAUGGAGGUGUGGGCGGUUGGAGACGCCUCCCAUUCCAAGCUGGCCAAAAGCCACAAGAGCAUUCUGGAUGCGGACCCUGAGGCCCGGGCCCUGCUGGAGAUCAGUGGGCGGGGUCGCCACAGCGAAGGGUUCCGGCAAGCCCCUGACCAGGAGUGAGGAGGAGCCUGGACCGAGGGUGGUCCUGGAGCCGAGCGUGACCCCCUGGACAGAGCGCUCAGCCUGCAGACCUUCUCCCCAUCCUGCGGGUGCUUGGCUUUAACCUAGAGCUGCCUGUUCGUAUCCUGGAUGUGCUGACUCAGGACACAGUCACCCCUCCGAUGCCAUACAUUGAUCAGGGGGUGUGACUCCCAGAAAUCCUGUGUGUCAAAUUAGCAACUUCAGUCUUGCACUUGGUAAAUUUUGUCUCACUGAAGUGCAAAGACACUGAGACACUUGAGACCUCUGUGGGCAUGUGGGUUCUGUGUGUAGGGGAUUUGGCCCGCUCGGGGGUCACUUGGCCUCUGACCAGGCUGUCACAGUUAAAGUGCCUUGAUGUUCCAUUUCGACUGGUAAAGGAGGCAUUUGCAUGGGAA